UAUGCUCUGCUUCUUUCUUUUGUUAAUUGAAAUCGCUAACUGUGGAGAUAUAUAAGUUUUUAACUAAUAUGGGACCCAACUUUAAGAUAAAAUUCUAGUAUACUAAAUAUAAGUAUUAUAGAUAAUUACUAAGAAUGGAAUGAUUUACAAUUACGACUUAAAAAACUAAUAAAUUCUUUGGGUAUAAUAAUUAGAAAUAGCUCUUUAAUCUGAACAAGUUAAUAGCACUUAGUACUAUAUAUAACCUUAUAGAGAUGGUACAUAUUUACUUAUUGAUGAUUUUGUUUAUGUAAGUAAAAAACUUAACAAAUUAGGAAAUAGAACAAGAUGAUAUCAAUUUAUUAUUUAGAACUUGUAGUUUAUUUUAAAAUUCUUUAGUCUACAAUAAUAAUAUUGCAUAUUUUUUAGAUAUAGAAACAGGAAAUUUAAAAAAGUUAAAUCAAUUUGAUGUGAAGGAGCUUUUAAAAAAACCUAAAUUAUAUCAGCAAGGAGUUCUAAUUUAUAUAAAUUAGUAAUAUAUUUCUAAUCUGGAAUAAGAAUUCUCUUUAAUAUAUAAUUCUAAAAUAUACAUGAAUUUCUUACUGUAAUAUAUUCGAGGUAACUAGUAAGGAAUCGGAGUAUCAAAUAAUACUUAAAUUUGGAAGACUUAACAUGGAAUACAUGUUAAUUGGAACAACAAGACUUUCGAUUUAUAUUUAGAUAAUGAGGUUUUUCAAGUUUAUAUGUAUGAUAAUCUUGAAGGAUUAUAUUCUUUACCUUUAAAACUCAAUCUUGUAGAAUCGUAAAGUUCAGCAAUUAUAUCCAUUUCUGAUAGCAAAUUAUAAUGCGAAAAUCAAAGGCACUGCUUAAUAAACAAUAAUUAACCUUUUAAGGCUUUGGAUAUUUAUAAAUAGACUGAGCUUAAAUAGUGUCUUAAUUAAUUUUAUAAAGAAAAAUUUUCAACAUUACCAAUAGUUUAUCAAUAAAGCUAGCCUUAAAAUUUAGAAAGUUGUUUUGAAAUUUAUGAUGACAAUGAUUCUAUUACAAUGCUCUUAUUAUUAAUACUUUUAAUAGCUUUUGUUAUAUUAGUUAAACAUAAUUAUAAAAAGUAAAAGUUAACGCUUAGAAUAAGACUUCAAGAAUAAAAAAUAGAAUAAAAAUAUAUUUAAUAGAAUUAAAUUUAGUUUAAUCAAUUCGAAAUCUUAGGAUAGGGUUCUUAAGGUACAAUUGUUUAUGAAGGCAUUUUUAACAAUUAAAUUGUUGCUGUAAAAGACAUUAAUUUAUUGAAUUUAUCUUAAAGUAUGGUAGAAGGUCAAUUAGAAAGAUCAUUUAAAGAUCAAAUGUCUUUGAACUCUCAUAAAUUUUUAAAACUUUAUUUUUAUGAAAAAAGUGAAAAUCAUAUCUAUUUAGCCAUGGAAAAAGGCUUGAUAAAUUUAAAAGAAUUUGUUAAAUUUGAAUAGCAAAAUAAACUAAAUAAUAUGCUAAAAGAUAAAAUUAAGUAAAAACUUGAAGAUCCUGAAUUUUAUAAGGAAUGCCUUUAUAGUCUAUUAAUCGGGCUUGCAGAGCUUGAAAAGAAAUAAAUUAAACAUCAUGGAUUAGAUUAUGAAAAUAUCAUAUUUAAUAAAGACAUCCAAAUUCUUUUUUCUGAUCUAGGUACUUCAUUGAGGCCGGAUUACUAUAAAUUGAAGUUAAAUUAAUCUAAUAAUAAUUUUCUUGAUUGUAAUUCUGUAAAUUAGUAAUUAGGAGUAAUAUUUUAUUACCUACUUUCAAAAGGAGAUGAUCUUAAAAAAUAUUCUGAAAUUAACUAAAAGAUGAUUGUUAAUAAAUUUAAAAAAUAUAAAAUAAAAGAAUUAGAUUUAAGAGAUUUGAUAUUGUAAUUGCUUUUUGAUAAUCCAAUUAAUAAAUAAAAAAAUCUCCUUUUACAUCCAUACUUUUGGAAUAAGGAGAAAAAACUAAAAUUUAUAUGUGAAUUUAGUGAUUAUGUCGAAACUUCACCUUAAGAAAUAGGCUAAAUAGUAAUAUAAGAAAGAUUUAUUUAAAACAAAGUUUUUCAAGAAAAUUGGGGCCUAAAAUGUGAAAUUCUUUUAAAAGAAUAAAAUCGAAGAUAUGAUUAGACCUAAGCUUUAUAAUUAAUAAGAGUAUAAAAUGAUCUUAUAACUUAUAGCUUAUUAGGAAUACAAAGAACCAUUAUCACUAAUUAACUAGUUAAUGUAAAACUUUAUUAGGAAAAUCUGAAAAAGAUUUAUAUAAAUAUUGGAAUAAAAUCUUUCCAAAUUUAUUUUUUACUAUUUAUUAACUUGCAUGCGAAAAUAAUUUAAACUUAUUAAGUUUAAAGGAAAAUUGA